AUGUCUCGGAGAUUCGAUGUUGAGGAAGUGCUCCAGCAGCUCACUGAAGCUCAAAAAAUUGCUCUCACUGCAGGCGCCGACUACUGGCAUACGACUGGUCUGCCACAGUUUGGAAUUCCCAAAAUUCGUACUUCGGACGGCCCAAAUGGUAUUCGUGGCCAGAACCACUUCAACAGUACUCCGACCGCAUGUAUCCCAUCAGGAACUGCCCUUGCUUCCACUUGGGAUCACGAUCUUUUGUUCCAAGUGGGCGAAUUGCUGGACAAGGAGGCCCGAGCUAAAGGUGUGCACGUGAUCUUAGGCCCGACAGCCAACAUCCAGCGUGUUCCUCUUGGCGGACGUGGUUUUGAGUCAUUCUCGGAAGAUCCGUAUCUGUCGGGAAUCUUGUCUGCUGCGUAUAUUAAGGGGUUUCAAAAGUCAGGUCUUGCUGCCACCAUGAAGCACUACGUCGGCAACGACCAGGAGCACGAGCGUUUCAGUUCGAAUUCGGUGAUUUCGCAGCGUGCCUUGCGAGAGAUUUACCUCCGUCCAUUUGAGAUUGCAAUCAAGGAAUCCAAGCCCAAAGCUAUUAUGACAAGCUACAAUCGAGUCAACGGGGUCCAUGUGAGCGAGGAUAAAUACCUGCUCUCAGAGAUUCUCCAACACCAGUGGGGCUAUCAGGGCCUCAUAAUGUCAGACUGGACAGGCACCUACUCCACUACUGAAGCGUUGUUCGCUGGCCUUGAUCUGGAGAUGCCCGGCCCCGGAAUUUGGAGAGGAGCUAACCUUAGUAGGGCCUUGGUUGCUGGCAAAAUCUCGGAUGAGGUAUUGAACGAGCGCGCUCGUAAGGUGCUUCAGUUGGCAAACAGCGUCAUAGAUGCGGGCAUUGAGGAUGAUAAGGCAGAGGAGCAGCGUGAUACUUCUGAAACGAGAGCGUUUUUGAGGAAAAUAGCAGGUGAGGCUGUCGUACUUCUCAAAAACAAGGAUGGUGUGCUACCACUAAAAAAGGAAAAGACUCUGGUCAUUGGUCCAAAUGCUAUUUACACUGCCUACUCUGGCGGAGGGUCUGCAUUAGUAACACCAUACUACACUGUGUCUCCAUUUGACGCUAUCAGCAAGGAGAUUGGCCCGGAGAAUGUGUCGUUUCGGAUUGGAGCAUAUUCUCACAGAUACAUGCCUUCUCUCGCUCGCUAUUUGAAGCUGAACAAUGGAAGUACUGGAGUGCGGUUCCAAAUUUACAACGAGCCAUUUGAGGUCAAGGAGAGAGUUGCCGUUGAUGAUCUGACUCUAAGAGAUAUCAAUUAUUUCCGGAUGAAUGACUACGUCAAUCCGAAAUUGAAGUCAAGCACAUUUUAUUGCUGUCUCACGUCGAACUUCAUUCCCGAAUCAGACGGCGCAUUUGACUUUGGUGUCAGUGCUUACGGGACUGCACUGCUGUUUUUGGACGACCAGUUGAUUAUUGACAAUUUGCACGACCAGAAACCUGGCGAGUCGUUCUACGGAAGAGGAACAGUGGAGGUCCGAGGAUCGUAUAUCGUCAAAGCCGGAAAACGGUACAGAUUGCGUAUCGAGUUUGGCUCGUCCCCAACGAGCAUGUUGCACCAAUCGAAUCCUGUCUUUUUCGGAGCUGGAGGUCUGAUGUUUGGUGGUGCUCCGCGGAUAAACGACGAGCAGGAGAUUCAGAAGGCAGCACAGGCAGCUCGCGAAGCCUCACAGGUUAUUCUUGUUACGGGGCUUAAUAAAGAAUGGGAAUCUGAAGGAUCGGACAGGAAGAACAUGAAGCUUCCCGGCCAUAACGACCGUCUGAUAGACUCCGUUUUGGACGCAAAUCCAAACACAGUCGUGGUGAUCCAGGCAGGGACGCCAGUCGAAAUGCCUUGGGAGAGCAAAGCAAAGGCUUUAUUGUACACCUCUUACGGCGGAAACGAAACAGGCAGCGGAAUUGCAGACGUUGUUUUCGGCAACGUCAACCCUGCUGGGAAGCUGCCCCUUACCUUCCCCAAACGUUUAGAAGAUUGUCCAGGCUAUAUUAAUUUCGGAACAGAAAACGGCAGGGUUCUCUAUGGUGAGGAUGUUUACGUUGGCUACCGCUUUUACGAUACACAAGAUGUCUCUACACUGUUUCCAUUUGGUCACGGGCUGAGCUACACCUCUUUUGCUUUGUCUGAUUUAAAGGUGCAAUACGAUGGCAUGCUCGAGGUUGAAGUUCUGGUCAAAAAUACAGGUGACUGUGCCGGUGCAGAGGUCGUUCAGGUCUACAUUCAUCACAACCGCCCAGCAAUUAGGCGGCCAUUCAAAGAGCUGAAAGGAUUUAGCAAAAUAUUUCUGGAAGCAGGAAGCUCCCAGAAAGUGUGUAUAUCGAUCGACGGUAAGUUUGCCACUUCUUACUGGAACGAAGCUCGUGAUAAGUGGACUAUGGAGGCCGGGACCUACACUGUUCUUGUGGGAACGUCAAGCGAGGGAAAUUUUUUGGAGCAAGAGUUUACCGUUUCCCAGCCUCUGAUAUGGCUUGAUAGACUUGUAUAG